AGUCAUUCUUCGUUUGAUCUUCGUUGUGGUGCAUUACCUUACCCGCAGGCAACGAUUGAGGACACCCCAACUACAACAAUUGCCGUCACUUCCACUUAUUACACCAUUCCCUCUAAUUAGAACUUAGUCAAUAAAUGAACUCGAUCCAGCGAGUGUUAAGUGAUUAAAAUAACAUCACCUAAAUUGUGGGAUUUCAAAAUUAACACCAGUGAAAGUGUAGUUGUUUUUGUUAUUAACAAGUGUUAAAUCUUCGUUUAUUAAACUAGAGCAGUCAUUAGUUCGAAUCAUGUGUAAAGUGAUGUCCGCAAGCUAGUGCUUCGUGUACCGCAGGACCUUGCAAGGACUUUGUCACAAUUGCUAUUCUAAGAUGAAUCAAACGUGCAAGGUUUGUGGAGAACCAGCAGCAGGAUUUCAUUUUGGAGCUUUCACAUGCGAAGGUUGUAAGUCAUUCUUUGGAAGAUCAUAUAACAACCUGAGUUCUAUUUCUGAAUGCAAAAAUAACGGCGAAUGUGUUAUUAACAAGAAAAAUCGAACAGCUUGUAAAGCGUGCAGACUUAGAAAAUGUCUCAUGGUAGGUAUGUCCAAAAGUGGUUCAAGAUAUGGUAGAAGAUCAAACUGGUUCAAAAUUCAUUGUUUGCUUCAAGAACAGCAGCAACAACAUCAACAAUCGGUAAAUCCCAUCCAAGGUGGUAUGAAACCUUCACAAAAAACGCCACCACCUCCGCAACCCCUAGGUUUAAGUCUCUUGAACAGUCCAUUUAGUCAUCCACUGAUACAGCAUAUCAAUAAAACCAAAGAAGAACUGAUGCUUCUUGGACUUGAUGAAUAUAAAAAUUCUGCUUCUCCAUCUGUAAGCUCACCCGAAUCGCACAAUUCAGAUUCAUCAGUUGAAAUUAGCGACGCUAGGAGACUACCUCUGUUUCAUGGUUUAAUCCCACCAUUUUUGCCUCCGCAUGGUCUACUGUUUUCUCCGGGUUACACGCCACUCUAUCCGAACAUUUUACAACCGACUAACAACAACAAUAGAUUAAUUAGAAAUCAUAACCCAGGUGCAGAAGUGUUUAAUAAAAGAGUAUUCCUUGAUGCUGUGUUACAAUCACAAAGAUCUCCAACUCCGGAAGUAGAACCGCCACAUUCCGUUGAAUCAUCAGUACAAGAAGACCCCAUAGACUUAAGUAUGAAACCCUUGAGUGAGCGAGGAUCGUCACCCACGCACAGUGAACGUUCAGAUUCUGUCCUAACUGAAAGAGGUGCUGGCAGUGAAGCAGAUGAAGAAAGUGACUGUGAGUCUGAAAAAGGAAUCAAGAGGAUAAAACUAGUUAGACCAGCACCACUAGAUUUAACUACAAAAGUGUGAUAUCUUUUAUCUGUUUUCAUUGUGUUCCAGUCAAACAGCUGACAAAAAAAAUUGCUAAUUAGUUAAUAGUUCGUAUUGUUGAUAUUAUCCGUAUAAUUCCGAAUUGAAAAGUAUUUUAAUAACAAGCGUGGGAAUAUUGAAAACACGUUAUUGAAAGGAUGUGACGUUGACGAAUGCUCCAACUCAACCAGGAACAAUACGGCAUUAAUGUGCAAGACUUAAUCAACGUGUUGACCUGCCUCACAAUUGGGUUGACCCCUCCAAUUGAUUGAUGGGCUAUCCUUAUAUCUGUAUAUCGCAUAUAUUCGCUCCUAUUUGCAGCUCGCUAAUCGUCUAUCAACUUCCAAUCUAAACGUAUCGUUAACGUAAUUAUUAAGCUGACUGUACACCAUUAAUCUUGCACCGAUGAUGGCAGCUAUUAGCGUCGAUCGUGUGCGCCUAACUGCAUCAUGACGUAUUUUACGUUAUCAGACAAGAAAAUUGUUGACUGACCUAACAAAAGUUAGGUCGAUAUAAAGAAUAAAUACAGAUACAAACAGUACUUGUGGCCCGUAAAAUGUAUAAUGAACUAUUUUUAGCGAUUUUUGUUUCGUAAUUUCGUAAUUAUGGUACAGUAAACCAAUAAGUACGAGUAAUUACAUUCAGAGUUUUUGGCCUAAUUUAUAAGAAGCAGAACACCACGUUACCAUUAAAUACAAUAUCUUAGGUUCGUAAAACCAGAAUAACAAUUAUUUAUUCGUUUAUAAAUAAUGUUUUUGAUAAUUCGUCAAAAAUGAUAUAUACUUGUGAAAAUAAUUUUGUAGAUAUUUUCAGUUUAAUUUUUGUCAAUUUUACAAGUGAUAUAUUGUUUAGUUACUUAAAACAAUAUGUGAAUUAGUUGGCCAGUAUAUUUAUGUUCGUGUAAGCUUUGUACGAUAAAUUUUAUAUUAUAGCUCGUUUGUAAAUAAUUACUUAUACAAGCAGUGCAAUGUUAGAUUUUAUUUUUCACCUGUGUUUAAUUUAUUCAUACUGAGAUCGUUAUUUUUUCUCUCAUUUAUUUUUAAUUAUUCUUCUAGCAUGUUGUUAUAUUUCUGAGUGUGUAAUUGCACACUUAGAGAAGCCACUAUUAAAUGGGCAUUAAAAAUAUAUAUGUAUUUUACUGUAUAUUUCAUUGUUGUUGAGACUUAUUGUGUUCGUUCGUGAUUGAAAAUUUGUUUGUUUAUCAGGGACUAGGGCCAGUUGAAUGUAUAUGAAUGCAUGAGAGUGAAUGUAUGAUCAUCGUUGUAAAUCAAGUUAAAA